AUGUACGAAGGGAUUGACAACCUGAAAUCCCUUUACGACCGUGCCGGGAAGACUUUCUCCGGCGGUCCUUCUGCGACACAGGAUGUGCCGCGUCGUACUGCUCGACCAGACCCAGUACGUCAACCAUCAAUUGGGAGCGGGGCUCCCAAGAAUCCCAGGACGGGGGAUAGCCGCGCCACCGGACGAGGUAACUCGUCCGACGUCCGUUCACGUCGCGGUGGUUCAACAGCUGCUCAACUAGAUAGCGCUGGCCACCGCGAGAGUCCUCUAAUGGAGGUGGAGGAGGAGGAAAGACGCUCUCCACACGAUCAUGUGGAUCGGUGUGUUCCCGAGAGCUUCUUCGAUCGCGUAACGCAAGGGUUACGCGACGAUCUCGAGCAUGAGCGAAAUAGGCGUCUCCAAAUGGCGGACACUGCCUCGAAGCAUCGAGCUGAGUUUGCCUUUGCUCAGCUCGAGAACGAGAGAUCUCUGACAUCUCUUCGUGACGAGCUAAGGGUAGCUCGUGGGAUUGUUGAUCGGUCUCGGGCUGAGAUAACUGCUCUUCAGACCCUUGUUGAUGCCCACCAUCGGGAGCACAAGGCUCUCUGCGAGAUGCUUGAGCGCAAGAGCGUUCUUCAUCGGAAGAAGCAGCGUACAGAUGGUACGGCUUAA